AGCCCGCCAAUCCCCUCUGACAGAUGACCCAGUCGCUGCCUUUGCGAGAUCUGCAACUUAGAGUCUUUGCUGUCAUUAAGCCCCUCUCCGAGCUUUAAGGAAGACGCCCUGAUGGCGGGCGAACGCACAGCAGCUGAAUAAAUGUCUUCGGUCGUGAUGGAUGCCGACGCGUCAAACUCCUCGUGUUCGGGGGAAGUUCCUGCGCUUCAGCUCAAUCUAUGGGAGGAGCUCUGUGAUGCUGCUUGCUGGAAAGUUCACACAUGAAGGAAGCGGACGUUUGGAGCACUUGGCGGUGAAGGCAACCAAACCCAUCGCCGUUGAACCUUUGUUUGAUAGUCUGCGAAUGAAAAUGGUCCUGCCGAGUCCUUUUAAGGAGUUUACUUGAAGAUCCGUGUGCCUCAGGCAGAUGUGACCUUCAGGACCGAGGGCUGAAAUACUUGAGUGGGAAACAGGCAGACAAAGCUGUUUUUAAUCCUCUCUGUGGAUUGCUUUUCAGACCUGAGCCUGGACAGAAAGAAUCCCUUCUCCAUGGAGCACUCCCCGUCCAUGAACUCGACGGUGGCGGAUGGAGACGAGCUGGAGGACCACCGGCCCCUCCUGCCACCGAGGAUGGUCGCCCCGCCUCAGGCCUACUCGCCCCAAUGCGGGAUACACCACACAGUCCAGACGUCCGUCGACCACACCGUGUGGCUGGACCGGACCCAGGCCCUGGCCACGACACCUCUGUACAACGGCCACCUCUACGUCACGACGACGCCUCGCUCCAACAGGAGGCGAGAGAAAACCAAGGGCAAGGAGAAAAAAUGCGAUAAAAGGCCGCAAAAUCCCGCAGCCAAGGAGCGAAACCAGCAGAGCAAAGCCAAAACGCUGAGCUCGAACAGACUCCAGGAGACGGUCACGUCCUUCACCGACGUGCCCGUCUCCCCCUGCGGAACCCCCUUCAAGGCCCACAGCCGGUCCAACCUGGACGUGCGGGAUGCUGACGGCCGAGGGUAUCGCAAGUCGGGCAGCGUUUCUCUGGAGAUGUACGACCGCCAGAGUCUCCCGGAGAUCAUCAUCACCAGCAAGGAGGACAACCUCCAGCAGCAACAGCAGCAACAACACAAGGCGCCGCAGCAACACCACCAGCGCCCAGGGGAGGCCAAGGGUCCGCUGCCAGGGGGGAAGCGCUUCAGCCGGAGCCCCAGCCCCAGCCCCCAUCACAGCCCCAAAAUCAAGGAGGACGACAAGAAGGACUCGUACUGGAGGACGCACAACAUCGGCUGGCGGCUGGUGCACAGGAGGGAGCUGUUCCUGAGGAGGCAGCGGCUGAACGACUGCGCCCUGGCCGUGGGGCUGUUCGGGGUGGUCAUGAUGGUGAUGGAGACGGAGCUGUCCUGGAGCAUCUACAGCAAGAGCUCCAUCUACUCCCUCUGUUUCAAGUCAGUCAUCAGUUUUUCUACGCUCAUCCUGCUGGGCCUCAUUCUGGCGUAUCACUGCUGUGAGGUGCAGCUCUACGUUCAUGAUAUUGGCGCCGAGGACUGGAGGAUCGCCAUGACCACUGACCGUUUUGCUCUGAUUGUCUUGGAGCUGGUCAUAGUGGCCAUCCAUCCCUAUCCAGUGGGCCUGGUGGCGUACUUCCAGAAGACCACGGUCCGCACGACGCUCUCUGAGACGGAGCUGGAGAUCAUGCUGGCUCUGCCCAUGUUUCUCAGGCUCUACCUGCUGGGCCGGGCCAUGAUGCUGCACAGCCGCCUCUUUACGGACACGGCCUCCCGGAGCAUCGGAGCCCUGAACAAGAUACACUUCAACACCCGGUUUGUGGGGAAAACGCUGAUGACCACCUAUCCUGGCACUGUCCUGAUGAUUUUCAGUGUUUCUCUCUGGAUUGUGGCGGCAUGGGGCCUACACGUGUGUGAGAGGCACCACAAUUACAGAGACCUUAGCAGCAACUACAUGGAGGCCCUGUGGAUGGUCUCCGUCACCUUCCUGUCCAUCGGUUACGGAGACGUGGUCCCUCACACUUACUGCGGCCGCAGCAUCUGCCUCCUCACUGGCAUCAUGGGAGCGGGAUGCACGGUCCUGGUGGUGGCGGUGGUGGCCAGGAAGCUGGAGCUGACCCGAGCAGAGAAGCACGUCCACAACUUCAUGAUGGACUCUCACAUCUCCAAGCGGAUAAAAAUUGCUGCAGCAAAUGUGCUGAGAGAGACUUGGCUUAUCUACAAGUACACUAAGCUGUCAAGGGAAAGAGACCACACCAGAGUCCGCAUGCACCAGAGGAAGCUGCUGCUGGCCAUCCACCAGCUCCGGAGAGUGAAGAUGGAGAAGAGGAUACUUGCAGAUCAAGGAAACACGCUCGUUGACCUCUGCAAGGUGAGAGAGAUGCAGAGCCUGAUGUACGACGUGCUGGCCGAGGUGCAGGGCUGCAGGGGGGAGCUGGACUCACACGUCAGCGGCCUCCUCAAGAACGUGGAGGAGCUGAGGGAGGGCUUCAGGAGCCUGAUGCCGCUCCUGUCCAGCACGCUGUCCACGCAGAACUCCUCCAUCCGCCACCUGCUGAGGGAGAGGGAGGUGAAGAGCGAGGGAGCGAGCGGAGCAGAGGAGUAGCUUACUGAUAAUGUGAGCUACGGUGGCCAUGCUGGGACAUCUUUCCCUGACUCGGGUCGGGACAGGUUUGUGAUCAUGAAGUGAACUUUGUACUGAUGUACAUAAAACUAUUUAAUAAUAAUAAAAAAACAUUAUGUAGCAGAAAUAAUGUGUAGAAAUCGGUCCCAACUCGCUUCUUCUCAAGGCCUUUUUAUCCUGGAGAAACACAAACUCCUACAUUGAUAUUAAACUGUAACCGCAACAUUUUAAGUCUUACAGAUUCAAAGUUGACCCGAUUCCUGCUCAAGUUUUACAGUCGAUCCGAUAAGACGCUAUUGGCACCCUGUAGUUUCUUUUCUUCGGGCUUAACAUGUUAUUUAACGGAUUUUAUGCGUUAAUAAACUGUAAUUCCUCUUCUGUAAGGAGCUUUCUUUAUAAACGCUACACUUUUUUUCUGACUGUGCAAUAAACAUUUUAACACA